GUGUCGGCGCAGCUGCGGGCCCCGCGGACUUCGGCAUCGUGCCCAGGGCCCUGCAGGAGCUGCUCGGCGCCGCCACGGGGCGGCGCGUGUGCGCCUCCUAUGCGGCCCGAUCUACCGGGGGCGGGUCCUCGACCUCCUCUCGCCGGACUACCCGCAUGCCCCGGCGAGCUCCGAGCGCCCGGGCAAGGAGAACAUGUACCUCCCCGGGGUCUUGGAGGUGCCCGUAACCUCACCUCAGGAGGGCCUGGACGUCAUGAGUCUCGGCAACAGGAAUCGGAGUGUUGCAGACACUCAGCUGAACGAGCACUCUUCCCGCAGCCAUGCCAUCUUCAUUGUGAAGGUGGGGGGCGCGGCCGGCGAGGGCCGCGCGGGCGCGCAGCUUUACUUGGUGGACCUCGCUGGCAGCGAGCGCGCCAGGAGCGGUGCAGCCGGGGAGCGGCUUGCCGAGGCGAGGCAGAUCAACAAGAGCCUGCUGGCCCUGGGGAAGGUCGUAUCCGCGCUCGCCAGGCAGCGCUACCACGUGCCUUACCGCGAUUCCAAGUUGACCCAGGUAUUGCAGCACUGCCUCGGGGGCAACUCGCGAACUGCGAUCGUAAUCACCGCCGCGCCCACCGUCAGGAGCGCGCUGGACGCGCUGGGCGCGCUGCGCUUCGGCGCCAGGGCGUCGCUCGUGGAGAACCGUGCGCGGGCGAACGCCGUUGACGACCCGCUGGCUCUGAGGCCAGCCGCACUCGUUCUGCGGCGCCUGCUGCCUGGUCUUGCCGAGCCGGUGCUUCUGGCAGCCCGAGCUGCGGCGGGAGGUCGACGCCGAGCGCCGCUGCAGGGCCUGCGCCGCCACCUUGGCGUGCGCCUCCUGCGGGCGAGCGCAGCCCGCCGCGGGGUUCUCCGCCUCCCAGCUGCGCCGCGGAGAGCUCCGCCGGUGUGCAGGCUGCAUCGUGGCGGCGAGCGGCGGCGGCGCCACGUCGGCGCAGGAGCGCCGCUGGCCGCGGGAAGUCGGGGGCGGCGGCGCGGAGGCGUUUUGGCGCUGGGCGCUGGUGCUCGGGCGGUGUUUGCUGCCCUUGCCAGACGAGGUGUCGCCCCGCGUCCUGGCCUUCCUCGGUGCCGGUCGCGGCAGCGCCGAACUGGGCGCCUGC